GAGCGCGCAAUCUGGUUGCGUGUUUGCAACCCUGAUGUGAUUGGUCAGAGAAUCAACCACGUGAGGAAGACAUGGCAGCCGCCUCGUGUGCCACAUGAGUGUCUGUUUCUUGAGUGUUUUUGUGGAUAUUUGGACAUUCAACGUUGACGUGCCGGAACAUCUGUUUGGAGACUGAAGAGUCAGUGAUACCACUAUGAAGCCCAAGAAGCCCUUGCCCAAAGGCAGACGCCUGAGCUCCCACAAAAGAGGGAUACUCAUCAAGGGCAAGUGGAAGGCCGUGCAGCUGGACCCAAGCCUUUUCGCCAACGAGGACAUGGGGGGCCUGGUCUGCUUUGAGGAGCUGACCGACUACUCGCUGGUCGAUUCAGACCGAGCCCUCAUCGCAGCAGAGGAGAAACCAGAGAAAACGGCUAAGAAUAAGAAUAAGAAGCGAAAGGCGAGUGAACUGGAAGCUGAGGAGGAGGAGAAAUUGGCGGACGAGGAAGGAGAGCUGGAGGAGGAGGAGGCGGCAGCGGUGGCUUUGGGGGAGGAUGAAGAUGCUGAGCAGGAAGACGGAGGGCCAGAAGGAGACGAUGCAGAAGUGACAGAGAAACCAGCCAAGAAGAAGAGAAAGAAGCAGAAGAAGAAGAAGAAGAAGAAGGAGAGUCAGCCUGCAAAUGAAGCGGACACUACAGCCACUGAGGCCACAGGUGCUGCUGAAGAGACGGGGCAGAAGAUGUCUGCUGACCAGACCAUGGGAGACAGGCAGGAGACCACAAUCAAGAGCCAGGAUGACGAAACCAAAGAUUCUGUGAAGUCCAAAAAAAAAGACAAGAAAAAGAAGGAGAAGAAGAAGCCAGACGCCACCAAACAGACUGCAGCCUGCCAAGAGGAGCUGGCGUCCUCGGCACCAGGCUCUCAGCCCAAGAAGAAGAAGGAGAAGAAGAAGAAGAAGAAGCCGGACAUCACCAAACAGACUGCAGCCUCCCAAGAGGAGCUGGCGUCCUCGGCGCCAGGCUCUCAGCCCAAGCAGAAGAAGAAGGAGAAGAAGAACUGGACCGCGAUGGGUGGUGCCUCGGAGGCGUCGGACGUGUCGGCGUGGAAGGACCUGUUUGUGCCCGAGCCUGUACUGCAGGCGCUGAGCAAGCUGGGCUUCUCGGCCCCUACGCCCAUCCAGGCCCUGGCACUGCCACCGGCUAUCCGGGACCACAUGGACAUCCUGGGCGCCGCGGAGACAGGCAGUGGAAAGACUCUUUCCUUUGGAAUUCCUGUGAUCCAUAAUAUCUUGGAGUGGAAACGUGCCUCUGAGAAUUGGAAGAUGACUAGACUGUCAGACAUGUCAGACACCAUGCCACAGGAAGAGGGUGCUGUUUCUCCUCCAGCCAGUAAUGCCGCUGAUGUUGCUGACAUUACUACUACCACUAUUGCAGAAGAAGAGGCGUCUGAGAGAACCACCAAACAAGAGGAACCAGCAGAGGGCACUGUAGUGACGCCGUCUGUGGUUGUGACUGAAGCAGAUGCCGAGAACGAAGAUGAUGCCAUAGAAGGAGAGGAAGAUGAUGGGGAGGAAAACGAUGUGUCGCAGGAUGAUGAUGAUGAGGAGGAGGAGGAAGAGGAGGGUGGGCUGGAGGUUCAUGAAGAUGAAUGGUGUGAUUUGGAUGAUGAUGAUGGUGGUGGUGAGGGGGAUGAAGUUGACCAAAUCCAAAUCAUGACCACUCAGACUGACUUGGAGAAACCUGAUGAGGCCGGUGACAAGCAGCCACUGUUGGCGCUCAUUCUCACCCCAACCAGAGAGCUAGCUGUGCAGGUGAAACACCACAUAGAUGCUGUCGCUCAGUUCACAGGCAUAAAGACGGCGAUCAUCGUUGGCGGGAUGGCUCCACAGAAACAGCACAGGAUGCUGAGUCGGAAGCCAGAGAUCGUCAUAGCAACUCCUGGCCGUCUCUGGGACCUUAUCAGAGAGGGACACCCCCAUCUUAAAAACCUCAGAUAUCUCCGGUCACUGGUCAUCGAUGAGGCGGACCGAAUGGUGGAGCGUGGCCACUUCGCCGAGCUGGAUAACCUUCUAGAAAUGCUCAGCACGUCCCAGUUCAACCCCAAGCGGCAGACGUUCGUCUUCUCGGCCACUCUGACCAUGGUACACAGCCUGCCCAUGCGGGUCCAGCAGAAGAAAGGUCGCAAGGUCCAGCCCACCAGCAAGCUGGACCUCCUCAUGCAGAAGGUCGGCAUCAAGGACAAGCCCAAGGUCAUCGACCUGACUCGUAAGGAGGCGACAGUGGAGACACUCACGGAGACUCGCAUCCACUGCGAGAAGGAGGAGAAGGACUUGUAUCUCUACUAUUUCCUGUCGCAGUACCCAGGCCGCACCAUGGUGUUCGCUAACAGCAUCGACUGUAUAAAGCGGCUCAACUCGCUGCUGGUCAUCCUGGACCAGACGCCGCUGCCGCUGCACGCUAACAUGCACCAGAAGCAGCGACUCAAGAACCUGGAGAGGUUCGCCGAGAGAGACAACUGUGUCCUUCUCACAACGGACGUUGCUGCUAGAGGACUUGAUAUUCCGAAUGUCCAGCAUGUUAUUCACUACCAGGUUCCGCGUACAUCAGAGACGUACGUCCACCGCAGUGGUCGGACGGCCCGUGCCACUAAGCAGGGUCUGAGCUUGCUGCUGAUUGGUCCAGACGACCUGAUGAACUAUAAAAAGAUCUACCGGACCUUGGGGAAGGACGAGGACCUCCCCAUGUUCCCUGUCCAGACCAAAUGCAUGGCUGCCAUCAAGGAGCGUGUGAAACUAGCCUGGCAAAUAGAGAAGAUUGAGUAUCACAGCGGCAAACAGAAACAGCACAACUCCUGGUUCAAACAGGCAGCAGAGGCCAUGGAGAUCGACCUGGAUGACGACCUGCUCAUGGCUGCGGGCCGUGAUAAGGAGGAAGACCUGCAGCAGCAGAAGAUGGUGAAGGGCAUGAAGAAGCACCUGAAGCACCUCCUGUCCCAGCCGGUCUUCAGGAACGACAUGAAGACCAAGUACCCCACGCAGAUGGGCCGGCUGCAGCUACCCGAGCUGCCCCUGGCCAGCUUAGAGACGGCCAUCACCAGCGUGGCCAGAAACAAGGACAAGAAGAGCCAGUGGAGGAACAACAAGAAGCAGAAGAAAAAAUUAGAGAGUUAGAGAUUUUCUUUGUUUGGCAGGGGUGCUGAUGCAACACAAAGACACACACACACACACACUCACACAUGUGUGAGAUGGCUCUGACCAGCGUGGCCAAAAACAA